UUAUGAUUCUGGUGUGACUUCAAUCCUACCGUGUUUCCACCACCAGAUGACGCCCUUCUUCCAUGGAAGGCAAGUUUCAUGUUGGUGGUAUCUUCCUUUGCGGGAGUCUACUCCGAGUCGUCCACGUCGGGAUUCGUAUUCUCAAUACAAGUCAUAGAUACGAUGGUUGCUUCUUCUCCGCCUAUAAGAGCGCCUUCCUUCGCCGCUCGCCUUCCCCUCGGCCUCGCUGCGAAUUCGCAAAGCGACGAUGAACACCAGAAGGGCCUCCCAAUGCCUGAGACCCCCAACGCAGAUCAACGACCACGCGGCGUGCAGGAAGCCGUGCAAGAGGAGGCGAGGGCCGCCGACUCUUUCGCAGGGUCUGGAACCCUGCGCCCGGAAACGGCCGUGGUCUUCGGCCGUGCCGGCGCCGGCAGCGACGGAGGAGGAGAGCGUCGAUUACUUCGACGGGCUUCCGGAUGAUAUCGUCGUGUCCGUGCUCUCCGAGCUGAGCUCCUCCGCUGAUCGCCCGUCGGAUCUUAUAAGCGCCCUUUUGACGUGUAAGAGAUUUCAUGUUCUGGGGCACCGCCCUCUGGUGUUGUCCAAGGCCGGGGCCAGCUGCAUCGCCGUUCGAGCCAAGUCAUGGUGCGAUUCGGCUCACAGAUUCCUCAAGCGGUGCGUGGAUUGCGGGAAUCUCGAAGCGAGCUAUGUUCUUGGGAUGAUUCGGUUCUACGCUUUGGAGAACAGGGGGAGCGGCGCGGCGCUGAUGGCCAGGGCGGCGAUCGGAUCGCACGCCGCUGCGCUGUAUUCGCUGGCGAUCAUCCAAUUCAAUGGCAGCGGCGGGUCCAAGACUGACAAGGAUCUGCGAGCUGGCGCCGCCUUGUGCGCCCGUGCGGCGUUCCUCGGACACGUCGACGCCCUCCGGGAGAUCGGCCACUGCCUCCAGGACGGCUACGGCGUCCGCCGAAACGUCACCGAGGGCCGCCGCUUCUUGAUUCAGGCCAACGCCCGGGAGCUCGCGGCCGCCGUCUCGUCCUGGCCCGCGUGGCAGGAGCAACGCCGCCAGGCUACCGCAGCGGCGGGCAUAACGUUGCCAGGGUGCUGCCCGCUCCUCAGCGACUACGGCUGGAGCUUACCGGCCCCGGAACCGCAUCCGGCGAACCAGUUCCUGGCGGAGUGGUUCGGGGCGAGUGCCGGCGCGGCGGGCGAGGGUCUGAGGCUCUGCUCCCACCGUGGCUGCGGGCGGCCGGAGACGCGGCGGCAUGAGUUCCGGCGGUGCUCGGUGUGUGGCCUCGUCAACUACUGCUCGAGGGCGUGCCAAGCCCUGGAUUGGAAGCUGUCGCACAAGGCCAAGUGCAACCCGACGGACGGAUGGGCCGCGGUCGAGGGCGGCGCUGCCACCCACUAAAAGAGAGAGAGAGAGAGAGAGAGAGAGCAGUGUUCUUGCCACUUUUUACAUGGCUCUUCUUUUUUUUCCUCCAUCCAUAGGAUUAAGCUUACUCCCAAUAAUUCAGGUUCCAUCAAUCUCUCAAAUAUUAUGGCUGUUCUAAUUCAAUCUGAGGUUUCCUUAUGAAUA